AAUAACCAAACAUGGACAAGACCUGAACUUCUCAUGCCUAUACAUCUCAAGGGGUGAUCCCUAAAUGCCCAAGUAGGCCAAAUAUAAAGCCGAGAAGGGUCCUUUUUGUGUCAUAUUCUCAGAAGGUUAUCGGCACUGUGACUAAUUGAAUUGAGAUUGAGAAGGAUGAAGCGCAAAGCUUGGCAAUCAAUAUUAACCACACUGAGAAAAACCUGCUAAAGGUAUUAUCAUAUGAUCUUUUGAAUGACCUUCAAGAAACCCCUCCUAAAGUCUUUGCAGAGGACACUAAUUCAGUUGAUGAUUCUGACAGCGACUUUGAGGAUGGAAGCCAUAUCAUUUUAAAACACAAACCAGACAUUUCUGAAGACUCUAAAAAACCAAAGGGAUUAUUUGCUGAAGAAUUUAUGUUCGGACAGUCUGAGAAAAGGCUGAACUUACAAUCGAAGGAAGGGGUCAAGAGAUGUCCCUUUUUAAAUACACUCUCUAAGCAGAAUCAUUAAUACAAAUCUAUUAA